AUGGAAGAAGAAGCUGGUGCACAUAACAAAAUUAUGUUCAUCGUGAAGAAUGUAUCCUUCCCAUCGUCGCAUACCCUUGAUAUCUCUCACUGUGGUAUUUCUUCGAAUGGGAAGUUUUUGAUGUCGGCGUCACCUGACAAUAAGAUUGUACUGUACGAUAUCCAUGGCACCGUUUUGAAAACACUGGAACCGAAGAUGAGUUCUCUUUUCGAUGUGGUGAUAUCGCCUGAUGGUCGAUUUGUGGCUGCUUGUGGAUUCACAACAGAAGUUUUCGUUUAUGAGGUUGCAUUCAAUCGUGAAAACGUGUUCCAAGAUGCCAAAAGAGCCUUCGACUUGAAGGUAUAG